AUCCUCCUCUUUUUCCAGAUGCUUCUUCUUCUUCUUCUUCUUCUUCUUCUUCUUCUUCUUCUUCUUCUGUCAUAGCCAUCUCUUUGUAGAGUGGUACGGGUUAGAGUGGUCGGUUGCUGGAGAUGGGGAGAGGUAAGAUUGAGAUAAAGAGGAUAGAGAAUGCCUCCAACAGGCAGGUCACCUUCUCCAAGAGGAAGCAGGGCAUCCUGAAGAAGGCGAGGGAGAUCAGUGUUCUCUGUGACGCUCAGGUCUCACUCUUAUUGUUCUCUAGCGCUGGGAAGCUGAAUGAGUAUUGUUCCCCUUCUACCAACUUGAAGGAACUCUUAACUCGAUACCAGAAGACUUCUGGGAAAAAGCUCUGGGAUGCUAGGCAUGAGUAUCUGAACACAGAGUUGGAUAGGAUCAGAAAGGAGAAUGAAAAUAUGCAGAUUGAACUCAGGCAUUUGAUGGGUGAAGACCUGAGCUCCUUGUCUAUUGUUGAACUUCGAAAUCUUGAAGACUCUCUUCAGUUUGGCUAUGACCAUGUGCGCAUGAAGCAGACCGAAUGCCUAAACAAUGACAUCGAAAUUCUGAGGAAAAAUGAAAGGAUGCUGGAGGAGGAAAAUAGGCAGCUGAAAUAUAUACUGCAUCAACAGGAACAAAUGGCAAUGCGCGAACUGAGAGACAUCGACAUUGGAAGCAACAAAAAAGGAAAGAGCUAUUCUUCACAAUCCAGGGUUCAGCCAUUUGGGUUUUGUGUGCAGCCUAUCCAGCCUAAUUUGCAGCAGAACAAAUAGCAAAAUUGUUGAUCAUGCCAAUUGCUACGGAAGAAGAAAGACAUCAGGGCUUCUUUACUACAAUAAGGAGAUGUGCUGCAUGAAGGCUUCCUUUUUCUGGGCAUUGGUUUGAUGCACUAUCUUGAACAAAGCUGAGCAUGAUGACAAUAUUAAAGACAAUAUUUGGUACCUUGUUUUUAUGUAUGUGGACUUAAGUUUGUUUUUAUGUAUUUGGACAUAAGUUCCUUCAGUUCUAGUUUAAUAUAGAAAACUGAGACUCUUACCAGUAUUCA